AUGGCGGCGUCCGCUCGGGGUGUGCAAUGUGCCUUGCAAAGAGUGAUGGUCCCUCCUUUAGUUGUGGUCCUUGGGGCUACCGGCACAGGGAAGUCAAAACUAGCGAUCGAAGUUGCAAAACGACUUGAAGGAGAAAUAAUCAGCGCCGACUCCAUGCAGGUGUACCGGGGCCUGGACAUCAUCACCAAUAAGGUGACGGCUGAGGAGCGCGCCCAGUGCAGACAUCACAUGAUCAGCUGUGUGGACCCUCUGGUUAGCAGCUACACGGUGGUUGAUUUCAGGAACAAGGCUCUGGCCCUCAUUGAGGAUAUGCACGGGAGAGACAAGUUGCCAGUCAUUGUGGGAGGGACCAACUAUUACAUUGAGUCCCUGCUGUGGAAAGUACUGGUGGAUACGGGGAAAGAGGAGUCAGCAAAGAGCAGCGAUGGGGCUCCUAACAGGAGGUCAGAGCUUGAGAAACUAGGAGGACCUGAGCUACAUAAGAGACUGCUGCAGGUGGACCCCAAGAUGGCCACCAUGUUGCACCCUAACGACACACGUAAAAUCGCCAGGAGUCUGCAGGUAUAUGAGAACACGGGAGUGCCCCACAGUCGUUUGCUCGAGGAACAGAGGGAGCAGGAAGGGGCAGACGGCCUGGGUGGGCCGCUGAGGUACCCGGACCCCUGUAUCUUCUGGCUACACGCCGACAUGGACGUUUUAGACAAGCGGUUGGAUGUCCGUGUUGAUGAGAUGCUGUCUUUAGGACUGAUAGAAGAACUCAGAGACUUUCACGUGCGCUACAACAAGCAGAAGGUCCAGGAUGACAGUCAGGACUAUCAACAUGGGAUCUUCCAGUCGAUCGGUUUUAAGGAGUUCCACAAGUUCCUGAUGGCUCCGGAAAGCAGCAGCCAACAGGAGAAAGAUGCUCUCAAAGACCAAGGUAUAGAAGCUUUGAAGAUUGCCACAAGACGUUAUGCCCGUAGUCAGAAUAAAUGGGUUCGCAACCGCUUCCUCAAACGACCAGGAGACAAUGUGCCGGCGGUGUAUGGCCUGGACGUGACGGAUGUGUCAAAGUGGGAGGAGACGAUACUGGCCCCUGCACUGCAGAUACUGGACAGUCUCAGAAAGAAGGAGCAGCCCCUCAUAGCACCAGUCAAAGUAGAGGGGGCAAAGCAGAGGAACAAGCGGAGCCGCCACACCUGUGAUCUGUGUGACAAGGUGAUCAUCGGCGAGCUGGAUUGGACAGCCCAUCUGAAAUCCAAGAAGCACUACAAUCAUGUGAGGAAGAGGAGGAAGACUGAUCCCACAUCUGUCCAGCCCCAGGCCACUUCGUCACCUCCCACCUCCUCUGUAGAGUGCCUUUCUCAGGACAAUUCUGCAAUUGCAUCUCCAGGUUCUAGUCAGGCCUCCGGAGAGUCCUCCACAGACACAAGGUUUACAGAUAAGGAAAUACCUGCGACACUUUAGGACACUUGUUGCAAGACUGCACACAUAAUUGGCAUUGCAAUGGUGAGCCAAUCAAGGACACACAUCACGAAAAACGUCAUUUUGCUCCGUGGAAAUCCUGCCUGUCUUCGUUUCUUUUCCUUUUCCUCCUUUGCUGUGCAUGAACAACAAGACGAGUGACAUAUGUUUCCUCUUUUUUUAUGUAAUCCCAUAUAAUUCCAGUGUUAUCCAAACUCUAACAGGUUUGGUAUCUGGUCAUCCAUCUUCUGAAAUUGUGGAAGCUAGCCAGUCCCAACUGUAGCAACAAAGCAGGUCAUAACACUGAUACUCGCUGGAUGAGAAUGUAAAUGAAAAUAUUUUCUUAUGUUCCUGUAAGAAUUUUUUUUUCCUUUUGUCAGUUGCUCCCAUAUUAAGCAUUUUGGACACGUGGCUGGUAGUUAUGCUUUGAAAUCAUCUUUUUGGAGUGGAGAUUUUGAUGGCAAGGACUGUUUAUGUUAUGAACUCAUCAGAUUUGUUUUUGGAACCAAAGAACUUUGCUUUUUUAAGAGUCUCACCCUGUUCUCGCUACUUGGAAACAGAAAUCACGAUGGUGCUUUUUCCUCCUGCAGAAUGUGCCUUAAAUGAGAAGAAUCCCACAUGUUGCACCUCUCUAGUCAUCUCGGUAUCAUCUCAUUGGCAUGUUUAUACAGAACAGAUGUGUGUGUGUGGUGUGUCUGCUCCCCACUUGUAAUGACUGCAAUUAAAAAGAG